GCAUUUUUAGUAAAGUCUUUUGAAUAUCAAGUCAAUACAAAAUUGCAUCGACAUUACAUUUUUUUUUUGUUGCUCUUAAUUUUUGGGGUGAGCGAAUGAGAAAGGAAAAUGUAUUGAAGAAAAACAAAAUGAAUUUCCAUUAAAAGUGUUCAUAGUGGUGCGAGUUAAAUUCAAUCAAUGAAUAUACUGUAGAUAAAAUUGUGAAUAAAAUAAGCAGCGGCAGCCCAUUCAAUAAGGCAAGUUGACGAAUUUUCCAAAUUCAGACAAAUAUGCCGUUUUUGAUGGUGGUGCGCAAGUGUUGGUGCUGUUGAUGUCAAGCUGUGCAGAUUACAAGCCGUCGAAUAUUUUCCACCCGAAGCAACAACAACAACCACAAUAAUAAUAAUGAGACGAAUAACGAGAGCACACAAUGGUUAAUGGUAUGGUUGAUAGUAAUGGCGACCGUAGUACCAAUACCAAAACGAUAUAUCGCACAGAGUGUUGUAGUACAUAUUUUACUUCUUACUUCUAUUUCAUAGUGUUUUAAUAAUAAAUGGACAAUGCAUUCAUUCUUUGGGCAAAACAACGAAUUUGUUUAUCGAAUGGUUGACAAUGCAGAUUCUCAAUGGUAUUUAAAAUAAAAGAACAAAGAGAAGAAAAAAAAACAUUGCGAAUACGUUAAUGACAAUAACAAAUCCAAGAUAUACGUAUAAGAAAAACAUAAGUCAACAUAACAUACAUAAAGUUAACAGUACACUUUCGCGAAAGUCGAAACUGAUUAUUGCGAAUAUUAAAAAUAUAAAAUAAUAAUAGUAUUUUUUAAGUUAGCUACGCUUAUUCAAUUCAUAAACAAUCAAAAUAUGAGAUUCAAUCGAAAUCGUAUUUAAAAAACAAAUCUACAACGCAAUCGAAAUUUCCUAAGAAAUAGCUAGUGUUUAAAUAGCGCACAACAAAUACCAUUUUCACACUAUUUGUUACAAAGGAGAUUCUUAAAAUCACUCGUAAAUAUCUAUUCUUUGUAUUUGCAUAGUCAUUUACAAAUUAAAAAUAAAAACCAAAUCUAUUUAUUUAAAUGUAAAAUUCGCCGAAAUAAGCAUACACAAAGAAAAAUAUUCGUUAUUUUAAGACGAAAAUAAGUCGUGAUUCAUCAUAAAUAAGUCUUGAUAACAUCACAUUGAUAUGGCACUGUCAAACACAGCUUUAAUGCGGCCACAAAGUGUGCUGCAACAACUUUUAGAUGAAAUCAAUUUCCAACGAGCCAAGGAAAUGAGGCAGAUGCUAAAAGAUGAUGGUGGAUUUGUAAUGCUGCAGGGAACAACGUACUGGACCGAUUUAUUUGUUCGUCAUUUUUUAUUCCAAGUUGAAACUCAAGAGACCAUCGAUUCCGAUGAUUUAUUAUUUUUUGUGCGAAAAAAACAUGUAAAAGGUUCAUCAAGGCAUAUGCCAAAAUUCGAAACGGAUGUCGAUGUAUAUCGAAAAGAUUCAAGAAAAUUACCGAUUGGCGAUCCAGACGUUGAUUGGGAGGAAACGGUUUAUUUGAAUUUGAUUAUUCAUCAAUUUAACUAUACACUGACUCUGGCCAUAUGCACCCGGACGUCACCAAAAGAACUACAAGUUCUUCGUCGUCAUUCACAGCGAGUUUAUGCAUCUCCGAGCCGCCGAAAAAUGGACACAAAAGGUGAUGGCGAAGAAAUGACGUAUCCGCAUGUGUGUUUUAUGGUCGACAAUUUUGAUGAGGUGUUUUGUGACAUUUUGGUACGUGAUGGUGAAAUGGUGUGUGUAGAAUUAGUUGCAAAUGAUCGCGAUGGAGCUGUACAAGGUGUUAUAUUCUUGGGUUCGAUUCGAUAUGAUGCGCUAAAAAAAGUCUACGAUGCAAGACAAUCAAGCAUUAGUUCGAAAUUGGCACAACGAAUGACAUUUGGUUUAUUUAGCGGUGCUGGCCCGCAAACCCGAUGCGAAUUUGUACGAAUGAAGGGACCACAAGGUAAAGGACAUGCAGAAAUGGCAGUGACAAAACCAAAAGGAUCUGGCGUGGAAACACCAACCAGUGAACCAGGAUUUUGUAUGACUGACAUGUAUGAUGAAUGGGACGAAGAUCCGGAUGAUUUUCUAAAUUAUCGUCAUCAGCGACGUCUUAGCGAUCCAAGUGCAAAUUUAAACAAUUACAGUCGAUACGGCUGGAAAACCAAACCGACACCAGCUAAUGAUCAAUCAUCGAAGGCAAUGUCACAAAAUGAAGGCUUGGAUAGUUUGGCCAAUGAGGUGUCGGAAAUUGAAGCUGGCGAUUUGAAAGAUGAUGAUCGGUCUGCUUCCCCAAAUAAAACCGCCAUCACCCCCGCCGCCGUCAAUUCGAAUCGUAGUGCAUCGGUGGAUCGGACAGCGAAGACAAUAACACCAGACAUUGAAACACCGACGUGUUGCAAUUGUUUUGGUCCAUUGAAGCGAAAUCAAUGGGAUGAUGCAAUAUCGAAUCAAAUGUCAGAAGUGUAUUGUCGGGCAUGUGAAGAUGAAGAUGAUGAUGGUGACGCCGAAAUUGUGCACAUACCAAAAAAUCGUUACGAUUCACCUGCCAUACUCACAAACAUUACCAGAAAAACCAUCAAACGGAAUAAUAUUUCGAUGCAACGAAAAUUUCAGUUGGGCGUCGACAGCGAACUCGAAAUACCCACGGUUCUAGAACUGAAUAAAAAAAUACAAGAUGAUGAUAUCGAAUGCAUGAAAAAUAUUGGCGAUGAUUUUGAGCUGGGCGAUGAUGUGGUUGUAACCAGUGACGAAAUAAUCGAUGGGAGUUCAAGUCCACCGAAAUGUGCACAAAAACAAAUUGACACAAAAGAAAUGAUCCGGGUCCGUGGCAAAGAAGAGUUACCAUUCACAUCUGAUGUGCAAACAGAAAUUAUAAAUUCAAAUCAGCGACACAGCAACGGUGAUAAAAAAAAUUCAAGUGAUAAUAAUGUGUGCAAUAAUGAUGACCAUAAAAUCAAUACACCAAUUUAUAAUAAAUACUCUGCGAAACAAAUAUCAAGCAAAAUAAAUUGCACUCACAAUCAUCCAUUAAUUCCAAAUGUAAUGAUUAACAAUCGAAGCGCAAAAACGGUGGAAAAAACUCAAAUUCAAGGCCAACGUAAUCUUUUUGAUAAUAACAAUCGACCGCCGACAGUCCAAUCGUUUGAUAAAACACCAUUUCACAAGCAAAUAAACCGAAUUUAUGCUACGUUACCAAAAAUGAAAAAGCAAAAAAGUCUUCAAGACACAGUUUUCAAUGCAAAUCACCCACCGUUUUCGAUUCCAACUAGAACAACUCCAGAUGGCACAACCAUUUACUACAUUUGUGAUUUAGCGAAAAAUAUUACGAAAGAACUGGAUGAUGGUGCCUGCAAUCCAUUGUGGACUAGCAAAGGAUUUACGCAAACAUUUCAUUUUUGGAAAGAGCAUCGCAGACAGCAAUCAGUGCCGUUGAAUGCAUUUUUAACAUAUAUAACGUUACCGUGGUGGAGCAUCGCAAAAGAUAUACUGGAUCAUAAAGAGACGCCGAUAUUAACAUUUUAAUUUAUGCGUUUAAUCUAUCAAUUAAGGAAAGGAUUGAUUCUUCCUUCGAGUCAUAAUUUAUGGUUGUGGAACUUAUGGAUUCCGAUAUUUAUUUAUUUGAAUUUUUCGUAUCCAAUACAAACUUUCGGACUACUUAAUUAUAAUUAAAUAGGCCAUGUCGAUUUGUGAUCAAUAAUACCAUUUUUUUUUUUAAUUUUAAAUCAUAA